AACGAAUAAGUCCCAUGACUUAUCGAAUGGUUGAUUCACCGCGCGUGAAUUGGUUGUACAAGAAUUUUUCCUAGGAAUUCGAAAAAAGAAUUUCCAAAGUGAAGAAAAAAAAAAUGAUGAACCUCUCCGGUUGGAUGCCAAAGAGCAACAACGAUAGGGAAAAAAGGUCAAAGGUUGUCAGAGUGCCCCAAAAGUUCAAAGUGGACUGUGACUAUCCUCAUGGACCAUCAGGAGUGAAACCGGUCAGAAUAAUCCUACUACUGGUCACUUUGGUCCUGUUUGCAUUCGUCGUUUACAUGACAGCUAUGGAUUCGUCACCCUUAACAGACGCGUCGUCGAUCCUUCUGAUAAUCCUUACCUCCAUUUACGUAUUCGUCCUGGCAAUGGAUUUAAUCAGUCAAUUCGGAGGAGCAGGCAUUACGGAUUCACCGGUACAGCAAAAAAAAAUUCUAAAUUCCAAAAAUCACAAAACCCAUCCGUCGCCCUCGUUAGAUGCUGGUGUUCAGUAUACUGGGUGUCCUGCUAUUCGCCACGGCAGGACUCGUAAUAAUAUUUUACUUGUACGGACUCAGUGGUUAUUGGGAAUUGCUGGUAUCGUUUCCACUCUGCCUACUGAUCGCUAUUUUAUUUAUGCUCGAGCUGUUCCUGAUACUCGUGUACGUAUAACUGAAAAAAAUUUCCAAAAAUUUUUUCCUAAUCCUCUCCCCCAAAAACAUCGCGCAGUCACUGGCGACGAAAAUGCAAUUCAGCAACGAAGUGUUAUCCUUGCGUCGCCGCCCACACCUGCUUCCCAGAUAUCGAAGUACGAUGCAACUACCAGUGUAAGCAGUUGCAGACAAGCACCGGUAAUCGAAGACACGAUGGAUCCUGUAGAUAUGUCUCACGCCUAUAGGAAAAUCGAAAAGGUACACAGACGUCAAUACGUCGACACUCAGAGCAGCGUGCCGUCGGUCGCGAUUGUAGAUAUUGCCCAAGUGCAGACGGAGCAGAGAACCUACAUGAACACGGAGAUUCAGACUGAGGACAUUGAGAGCAGUACUUGCACGUGUAAUAUAAAACCUUGUACCCCAAUUUAUUCCCCCUGUCUACGGCCGGCUACAUGCGCAGCAUGCAAUGGCUAUCCUAUAAUGCACCUGAUGCACAGUGACCUGCCAAUGAGUGCAUCGUAUUACAGCGAUUGCAAGUGCAGCGGGACGAUGGAAGUGCAUCGGGAGGAUAUGCAGCGACAGGAGGAUCCAGUUAGAGAAAAUGCAGCAACUUCGGUAUCGCAUACGAGUCCCUGCCCUACUCAUGGUUCUGGACUGGCUGCGACACUGGCAGGACUUCCUCUCGCUGUCACUAGAGUGACACUUCCGGAUUGCUAUGUCAGAAGGAACAAACGUACGCAGACACCAAAGCAAAGUGUCAGCAGCGACAAAGAGAACAAGACUGUAAGCGUUGACGAGUCAAGUAAACGGCAGAAAAUCGAGAAGGACAACGCUGAGGUUGCAGAAGAAAAAUUAGAUACCGAAGAGAAAAGAGAAGAGGGGGUAUUAGAAAAAGAGCAACAGCUUCCGGCUGAGAAAACAGUCGAAGAGAAAUCUCCGGGUAGGGAAAAUCGAAGAGACUCUGAAAGUGGUACAAUGUGAGGAAACAAAAAAAAAAGAGAAACUUAAAAAGCAAUAAGAAUUAUUUUUACCUGUCAACACAGCGAAGGUUCGUCCAACAAGGAAUUUUCGACGAAAAGGAGCAGUAAGAUUUUUCAAAAAAAGAAUAAAGUCGACCUCGACAGAUCAGGGAACAGGGGGGAUGAAAAAAUGACACAUAAAACUUGUGGAUGCGUUCCCAGGGUAUUUUGUGAUUUAUAAAUAUAAAGAAUCGAUUAACAUUACAGAAUAAUUAACAAUUGUUCCUUUUUAUAAAGCCUUAUCAGACGUGGAGUGGAUAUUGCGCAAUGUGUGGUCGACCUCAAGUCUCUGUGAGUAAAGUAAAAAGAAAAUAUCUUAAAUAAACUAAUAAAUUUUACAAUUUUCAGUCUCCAAGUCGUUUGCGAUCAAAGCCAGCUGGUGACUGAGACAAUUUUAAUAGCAAUAUUGCUGGAAUUCGACUGUGUAUAUGAUAUAUUGGAACUCUUUAAUGAUAGCAAUUAGUUGGCAUAGAAAAAAAUUAUUUCAUUCUUUAUUACGUAUGUCAUUUCAUUAUUAGGACGUCAUUAGAGUACAAGAGAGGUAAUAAGGUUCAAUGGUUAUCAAGUAGAUAGAAAAUUAGUCGGACAUAUAGAUUAUAUAAAAGUACAAAUAAGUUUAUGGUACAGUUUUUGUAUCUUUCUUAUUUAAAAGAUUACGAUAUAGUGAGGGCAAUAAUAUUCUGAUAAUAGUAAGAACAAACAUUGUUACCUACUUGAAUAAUGACAAUAUACGUAUGUGCGAUAUACAAUAAAAAAAUACGUAUGCCUCCGGCCCAAGGAGCUAGAGUUU